AUGGUAAAUAAGAAAACAGAAGAAUUACUGAAAAGAUGGAGAGAUGCAGCCAACCUUUUGGCAAAAAAUCCUGAAGCUAAAAUUAUAUGCCCAGAAUGCAAUGAUGGUUAUCUCGAAAAAGAUUAUUACGUUAAGGAUUAUAAAUUGGAUGGUGACGCUCCUAAACAGUUUAUUAAGCGUUAUAGUACAGAGUAUUUGCAAUUGGUGACUGAGUUGUCAAGCCGCGAAAAUGAAGAGCGGGUUUUUAAUAUGAUAUCAAGGGAGUUCAAAGAUUUCUUCAUAUCAGAACGUAAAACAGAUGAUGAUGUCGAAAUUCAACUUCCCCAAGAUCAGGAAGCGAAAUUCAUUUUGAUGGCAGAUGAUAUUCAUAUUCGCAUACCAGGACUGAAGCAGCCUGCAAUUCAGGAGAUAUUAAAACGGGAAAAAAUUGAUAGUGGAAAUGAUAUCGAAUUGUUGAAGCGUUUUGGUCAAAAGACUAUCUCAAAUCCUUACGAGUUAAUGGUAAAAGACAGUGAAGCUGCCCUGAAGAAAAUAGAUGACCGUGCCUGGGAAAUCAAAAAGGAACUGGUGAGCCGGAUAAAGCACCAGCUGCGCCGCGUUCCGGAGAUCAGGUAUUUUAUAGACGAUACCCUGGACAAUGUGUUUAAAAUGGAGGAGCUGUUUAAGAAGAUUAAUAAAGAGAAGAAGGAAGAGUGA